GACACUUUAGAUUUCAAGACAACUGGAAUCACGGUGGAACGCGUGCGAAAGGCCAAAAACAGCAAGGUGGUGCUUACCUGCGACACUGGCGACAACAUCAAAAAAAUAAGCACCCAAAUUUCUAAAAACAAAAACCUAAUAGUUAAAGAGGCGAAAGCGUCAAACCCCCUGAUAAAAAUUAAAAAUAUCUUGGCGUACCAUACGGAUGAGGAACUUAUAGAAAACCUCAAGGCCCAAAACAAAAAAGUCUUUACAGACUUGGCCAAGGAAGACCGAUUCGUAAAGGUACGCUACAGAAAAAGAGCAAGAAACGUACACCAGUGUCAUCCGGUGCUGGAAGUGUCCCCCAAAUUGCACAGCAGGAUACUCGAGGCGGGAGUUCUACACAUCGGUCUCGAGCGAGGGUCAGUAGAAGACCAGUCGCCCCUCAUACAAUGCUCCAAGUGCCUAGGCUUCGGACACACCAAGGCACUUUGCAAGGAGAAGGAGCAACUAUGCAAUUUCUGUGGAGAAAACCACGCAUGGCAAGAUUGCCCGAACAGAGCGGCAGGUAAUCCACCGAAGUGCAGAAACUGCACCAACUCUAAGAGGGACAACCCAGAAACACCACCCCACAUGGCAUAUAGUGAUAUAUGCCCUGAGCGACAAACGUGGGACCGGAUAGCACGUUCCAAAACGGCAUACUGCUAAGGGCGCCACAAACUCCCAAGGGCAGUCUCCUAGAAGAGAAGACGGACACACGAGGCUUACAAUGAUCCAAGCCAACCUCCAACGCUCCAAACAAGCCACCGCCGAACUCCUCAAAGCAGCCGAGGACAUGAAAGCAGCCAUAGCUCUAGUCCAGGAACCAUACGUUGGCUCUACAGGGACUAUGAAGCUCCCAAAAGGCACACAGGUCAUCCAGUGCACUAUCAACCGGCAGAAACCUGUCAAAGCGGCGAUACUUAUUUUCAGUGACAAGCUGAGGGUAAUUCAUGACCCACAGCUUGUGACAGAGACUGAGGCAGCAGUGCUUUUACAGGCAGGCAAAACGAGCAUAGGAGUCGUGUCAGUCUACUACGAAGGAGACAAAGACAUAGAGCCCUACUUAAGACGCACAAAGGCGGUAUGCCAAAAACUAAACUCUCAACAUAUCUUGAUAGGAGGAGACGUAAACGCCUGGAGCCACUGGUGGGGAAGCAGAUCCAACGACGACAGAGGAGAGGCAUACUGUUCCUUUCUGAACGAAAUGGAUCUCCAUGUACUCAACGUCGGCGACACCCCAACUUUCGAAGAGUACAGGAGGGGCAAGCUGUGCACUAGUAUCGUAGACGUGACAGCUUGCUCCACCGGUAUACUAGGGAAAAUAAAAGAGUGGAAGGUGGAUAGAACCCUGACAACAUCGGACCACAAUGCCAUCACAUUCAGUCUGGUACUGGGAGAAACACUACAACCUUGUGUUCGUAGCUCCACCAGACAAUACAACACCAAGAAGGCAAAAUGGACCGAGUUCAGAAGCCAACUACUCAAAUCCUUAGAGUCGCACAACAUCAGCGAAGAAAGAAUAAGGGAGGUCGCGGACGGGGAGGGGAUGGACUCCAUUAUAACAGGCUACACAACAUCCAUUGAGGAAGCGUGUACACACGCCAUCCCCAAGAUAGGCCACAGAAGGGGCAAGCCAACACCUCCAUGGUGGAACGAAACCCUCGACGAAAUGCGAGGAGACGUUCUACGUAAAAAACGUCGUAUACGGAACGCCGCUCCAGCCAGAAAAGAGUCCGUACUGCAAGAAUACCUUAAGGCUAAAGAGGAAUACCUCCACAAAAGCUUGGAAGCCCAGACUGAGAGUUGGAAGGAGUUCUGCACAACACAAGACAGAGAGAGUAUGUGGGACGGUGUAUACCGAGUAAUCAGGAAAACAGCUAAAAGGGAGGACGACAUGCUGCUAAGAGGAGCCGACGGAGCCACACUGAGCCCCGACGAAUCGGCAAAUCUCCUAGCGAGCACCUUCUAUCCUGAAGAUACCACCAUAACGGACACACCGUACCACACCCAACUCAGAACCGAAGUGGAGAGCAGAGCCCCAGAAGACAUGCCUGGACUGAAGCCGGACGACCCACCUUUCACCGAGGCAGAAGUGGACGCAGUGCUUAAAGCACAAAAUCCCAAAAAAGCCCCGGGCCCGGACGGCUUCACUUCAGACAUAUGUGCCAACGCAAUAAACGCCAGCAGGGGGGUAUUUAUGGCAAUUGCAAACAAGUGCUUGGAAUUGUCACAUUUUCCCCUCAGCUGGAAAGCCGCACAUGUAGUCAUCCUGAGGAAACCUGGAAAAGGAGACUACACCCACCCUAAGUCAUACCGUCCCAUAGGCCUGCUUUCAGUGCUGGGCAAAACGGUUGAAAAACUAAUGGUGGGGCGACUGCAAUGGCACAUUCUUCCAACACUCAGUCAAAAGCAGUACGGUUUCAUGCCGCAGCGUGGGACCGAGGACGCCCUCUACGACCUCAUAAACCAUGUGAGGAAAGAACUGGACCGUAAAAAGUCUGUAAUAAUGAUCUCACUGGAUAUAGAAGGCGCUUUCGACAACGCGUGGUGGCCGGCUCUAAAAACACAACUUGCGAGCAGGGGCUGCCCCAGAAACCUGUACAAGAUGGUGUGUUCAUACCUUUCGGACAGAUCAAUAACUGUGCAUUACGCGGGAGCGAAGAGCACAAGGGGUACUACAAAGGGCUGUGUCCAAGGUUCAAUCGGAGGACCAACCUUUUGGAACAUAAUACUGGACCCUUUACUUCAACUACUGUCCGGGGAAAGAGUACACUGUCAGGCGUUUGCGGACGACGGGGUCUUGGUCUUCUCCUCGGAAAGUCUGGACGGGAUGGAGGAUAACAUCAACACGGUGCUGGAGAAAAUUGUAAACUGGGGUGUACAGAACAAGCUAAACUUCGCAGCGCACAAGACUCAAGCCAUGCUGCUAACGAAGAGACUCAAAUACACCCCUCCCCAAAUACAAAUGUCAGGGACGACACUAGCACUGGUGGAUGAGAUCAAACUUCUCGGACUGAUAAUAGACAAGAGGCUGAAUUUCAAUGCGCAUGUGACUGCAGUAUGUAAGAAGUCAACAGACAUCUAUAAGCAACUAGCAUGCGCGGCGAAAGUGACAUGGGGCCUAAACGGAGAGAUCAUCAGGACCAUAUACGUCGCCGUGAUAGAGCCAAUCAUGACGUACGGGGCAUGCGCCUGGUCAAAAGCAACACACUUCCAGAUGAAUGCGAAAAUCAUCAGCGCUCUACAAAGAGGAUUUGCACAAAAGAUCUGCAAAGCAUACAGAACAACAUCCUUGACCUCAGCGCUCAUUCUGUCAGGAACACUCCCGCUAGACCUACGCAUACAGGAAAACGCCACACUGUACGAAGCCAAAAAGGGAAUCUCAGAUGCCUAUCUACCGCCUGGUAGGAAACUCGAGGAAAAAGUGAAAUUUGAAAAUCUUCCACACCCAUCAGAGGCAACAACAGCGGAAUUCACACUCCUCGAGAACAUGGACGCCGACACCCAAGCCACCCACCAAAUCACCGGACCUCAAAUCUACACGGACGGUAGCAAAAUGGAUGGCAAAGUGGGGGCGGCCCUUACAUGGUGGGAAAACGGCAGAGAGACCCUAAACGACACAUUCAAGCUAGACGGCGCGUGUACUGUCUUCCAAUCUGAAAUGUACGCACUCUACAGAGCUAUAGCGAGGGCAAAAGAAAGCAAGGAGCCAAAUGUAAACAUUCUCAGCGAUUCUAGAUCAUCGCUUGAGUUGUUGACAAAUUACAAAUUGCUCCACCCCCUGGCAAAGGCCAUAAGAGAAGACUUGGCGACAAUCAGAGAGGAGGGCAGAAACGUGCGUUUGUUCUGGCUGAGGGCACACGUGGGCACAGCGGGAAAUGAAAGGGCAGACGAACUAGCAAAAACAGCAGCAAGCAAGGACGACUCCUCACUCGACUACGCGGAAAUACCUCUAUCCUACAUCAAGAGGAAAAUCAGGGAAGAAACCAUACAGAAGUGGCAAGAUCGCUAUAACAAUUCCGAAACGGGAACGAUCACCAAAGUCUUCUUCCCUGACGUCGACAGAGCAUACCGGAUAGUAAGAGGAGAUAGACCAACACAUCUCCAAACACAAAUCCUAACGGGACAUGGAGGCUUUGGAGAAUAUCUCCAUAGAUUCGGUCUCAGGGACAAACCGGGCUGCGAAUGUGACGAGACAGAAAGCGAGUCAGUGUGGCAUGUACUUUUCGACUGCCCAAGGUUUCAGACAGAUAGGUACAACUUGACCAUGAACAUUCACCUGGAAUUAAACAAAACAAACCUACACAAAAUAUUGGAGUCAAAGACUGACAGGGUGCGGCUGCUAAAUUUCAUCCAGAGAGUAGCACGAAUAGCGUCAACUCGAAACAGCGGGAUAUCGCCUUCUCAACCCACUACAAACACUCCACACACACAAACAACAACACACACAAACCCAAAACCAAAGCUGGACAUGACUGACAUGGGAGAGCCGGGUUGCCCGGGCAUAAGAUUAAGAGGAGUAGCUCUCUAUAUGGACAACAACACAGAGAGACUGGGAAUAGCCUUCUGCAACGCCAUGGGCAAAAACACCGUAAACAUCUCGCCAGGACUAGGCGCCCUCCUGAACGGCAGCACCUUCAAAACAACGAUGCGCAAAAAAGUUUAUAACUCUCUACAAACAGCGACAGUCGAAGGUGUCGAGUGUCGAAUAGUGCGAAAGAACAAUAAGACUGUCGUACUAUUCGCCACCGAUUUCGAUGUCACAGAGUUUCAACUGGCGUGUAAAGUGCUGAAUUCACUAGGGACCCGAUCCACACAGACGACACCUGCCCGGAAAAUAAGCGUGGACGCUAUGAUCGUGGGAUACAGGGGAGGAGAAACCAGAGAUUACAUGGGUGUAAUUCAGUCUUCGAAACACCACGAGAUGGUUAUAUACGAGGACAGAGGACAAAACCUAAGUUAUCUCCUCUCCGGAUCCCGCGAGGACGUCACCCCGCAAAUAAUCACCGACUGCUGGGAUCAUCCAGUCACCAACCCGACCAUUAGUGGUUCGGAGAGACUACAAACACGGUGCCAGGAAGAAGCGUCUCGGGCAGCAGCAGAGCUAAGAACCCCACAAAAUCCACACACCACACCUGCAUCAAUGUGGUCCACCUUGACCGAAGCCGCACAGGCCAUACCCGGACAACUAAAAUCAAAACUACGACGAAUGAUGUCGCUUGAAAAAGCUGUCGAAGACUGCGUAACACCACCACGUCAAAAAUCAGAACCACCACCACAACCCCGCAGUAGAGCAGAUAUGGGACAAGUAGCCCUCCCGAGACUGUUGCCAGUAAACGAGACACAAGACCACAUUAUAAAUGCCUUCGUGGAGUUCGUGGCAGUGACGAAGGCAACCAGGAAGGUGAGCACAGACACUUGCAAAGGUGUCAUGCAAGCCUACCAAUGGGGGUCGGCGCGGCUGCUGGGAGCACUAAUGGAGGAGGCUGAGGCAGCCAUAUACAACAGCGAUACCGCCACGGUCCUUCACGGAAAAAUGGCAGGUACAUAUAUGGCGGCCUACAGCAAUACGUGUGGUUUUGUGUCUCUGAACGAGGAGAAGACAGAAAUCGAGGGCAACACACAUUUCAACACACCUCCCGAAGACCCAAUAGUGGUGGUAGCCAAGUGCACCAAGGUGAUGCUGGACGACAGGAUUCUUGAAAUGGCGGAAACCAUAGCAGGAGACCUGUACAAAGGCGGGAAACCGGAGCACUGGACAAAACCAACCAUAACUUGGGUAAACGGAGUCCCCGGCUGCGGGAAAACCACCUGGGUGAUGUCCCAAAUCGACACUUCACGCGACAUCAUCGUGACAACCACAUGUGAAGCAGCGAAAGACCUAAGAGAGAAACUAGAACCGAAAAUAGGCGCAAGGGCCAAAAAGAGAGUCAGAACUAUGGCAUCCCUACUAGUCAACGGUAUGAGUGAAGGCGAGACGUGCACCAGAAUCAUGGUGGACGAGGCCCUCAUGAACCACUUCGGAUCCAUAGUCAUGGCAGUUCAGAUAGCCCAAGCCAGCGAAGCCCUAUUGAUAGGAGAUAACAAUCAACUCCCUUACAUAGACCGCAAUAACCUCUUCCCGCUGCUUUACAACAGACCAAACCUCAUCACAAAUGUCACAAAAGAACUUCUUUGUACGUACAGGAACCCACAGGACGUAGCGUAUGCCCUUAGAGAAAUCUACAGUGGCAUAUACUCAGCCAAAACCCUGACGAGGUCUCUUCAGCUGAAGGGAUUCACAGGUGCAAAAAUCCCGAACCAAGAGGACACCCUCUAUCUUGUCCACACCCAGGCCGAAAAGGCUCUCCUAAUCGGCCAGGGAUACGGAACCAAAACGGGAUCUCGCACCCUAACAAUCCACGAAGCUCAGGGACUCACCUUCAGGGAAGUGGUUAUUCCGGGCCGUCAUCGCUCGCAUCGGGCCGGGGGUCAGGCGGCGGCGGGCGGCGCGGGCUCGGGCUCGGCCCGGCGCUGCCAGCCGGGCGGGCGCGGCUCGGGCAGCGCGUACCGCAGCUCGUCCCAGAAGCCGCGCGCGCCCCAGCGCAGCGUGACGUGCGCGGCAGCGAGCGCGCGCAGCUCUGUGUCGAGGCGCGCGCCGCCCGCCAGCAGCAGCACGACGCGCGGCGAGCGCUCGCGCAGCGCGGCGGCGUGCGCGGCCCGCAGCUCGGCGCGCGCCCAGCGCGAGCGCAGGAAGGCGGGCGUCACGAGCGCCAGCGUGCGCCGCGAGCGCCGCACGGACGCGUCGAUCUGCGUCGGGAUCCAGGCGCCGAUGGGCCAGUCGCGGUAG